UAUAGAUAUCCCAACAUUUUUUUCUGUUACAGGGAGAGCAUUGCAGUCAUUCGACCAACACUGAUCAAAUUUUCACAAGAUUUCCGGAGAUUGCACUCGGUCUACUGCCGCAGUGGAGACGAUGGAGGCAGGAACUCUGGAAGACGGAGACGAAAACAACCACGAAACUCAUCGCAUCCCUUCUGAUCCUGCAAUGAAAACCUUUGACUCCAAGAAUCAAGCAUCCUCAGCAGACUUAGAUCGGUUCAAAUCUUACUUAGAAACGCCAAAGAAGCAGAGGCUGUGACUCUGAGGGGAAAACCAAAUAAAUUGAGCACUUGGAAGGCGCCCAAUUUGCAAAAGCUGCAAACGAUGGGCUAACGAAAAUGGAACCAUAGCAUACAACGAUCGUUUCAUUUCGUGCCCCUUCUCGCAACAAAAAUAUACUACUUCUUCAUCAAGAGCUAAUUUUCUCUCCAUCUUGAGUCUCCAUUCGGGAAGUCGAAAGUAAUCGGAUCCAGAGUGACGGACUCAGUCAAGAAAAUAGUUUACUCUUAUAGAUACACGUAUUUAAAUACAAUUUUUGUGACGAUAAGUUACAAUUCAUUCAAACAAAGCUCCAAUUUUACUGCCACUUAAACGUAAAAAAUUGCGAUUUUUAUUCGGACUUAAUUAAAAUCUUGGUUUUGGAGGGUUUCACUGUCAAUGAACUUGCGAAAAUCCACCAAUUGAAAUGCAAAUCAUUAUGAUCAUUAAUUUUUGAGGUAGCCUGAAAAAUUCUCAUGCGAUAUUUACUCCGUUGAGGAAUAUAUGCUACAUCGAGACUUGCCGCAUAGCUAAUACUGAGUUAAUAGAUCCGUGAAAAAACACUCAACUAUAGAAAUAGUUUACUCGUCGUCCUGCUACAUAGCCUACGGUAGACCUGGCUAAUAAUACACUCAUUCGAAAGGUAGUUUUGAUUGAGGUUCAUUGUGUGACAGUGAGCUAACGGAUCCACAGUUGAAGAAAUAGUCGACCAUUCAACUGCCACGUUCCCUGCACAAAACUAUAAUCCUUUGAGGAUACGGAAUGAAUCGUGUGUAAAGUGGUGAAACGAGGGCUGCAUAAUGUCAAGGAGCUGAAAGGGCAGUCGACCCGGCAGUUUAAUUGUCGUCCUGCUACGUAGCCUACGCUAGACCUGGCCAAUCAUACACUCAUUCGAAAGAUAGCUUUCAUUGCGGUUUAUCGGGUGACUCAUUGUGAGCUAACGGAUCCGCAGUGAGGCACUCAGUUGAAGAAAUAGUCGACCCAAAAACCUAACUGUCAAAAAAAUAUAAUCGCUCAAAGAUACCGAACGAAUCGUUCGUAAAUUAGUGAAACGAGGGUUGCAUAAUGUCAAGGAGCUGAAACGGCAGUCGACCCGCCAGUUUACUUGUCGUUCUGCUACAUAGCCUACGCUAGACAUAGCCAGCAAUACACUCAUUCAAAAGAUAGUUUUGAUUGAGGUUCAUUGUGUGACUCAGAGUAAGCUAACGGAUCCGCAGUUGAAGAAAUAUAGUCGCUCCCUCAACUGUUUCAAAAAUAUAAUCGCUCAAAGAUACGGAGCGAAUCGUGCGUAAAUUGGUGAAACGAGGGUUGCAUAAUGUCAAGGAGCUGAAAGAGCAGUCAACUCGGAAGUUUACUCGUCGUCCUGCUACGUAGCCUACGCUAGACCUGUCCAAUUAUACACUCAUUCGAAAGGUAGUUUUCAUUGAGGUUUAUCGGGUGACUUAUACUGAGCUACGAAUCCGCAGUUGAAGAAACAGUCGACUCUUCAACUGUUUCAAAAAUAUAAUCGCUCAAAGAUACGGAGCGAAUCGUGCGUAAAUUGGUGAAACGAGGGUUGCAUAAUGUCAAGGAGCUGAAAGAGCAGUCAACUCGGAAGUUUACUCGUCGUCCUGCUACGUAGCCUACGCUAGACCUGUCCAAUUAUACACUCAUUCGAAAGGUAGUUUUCAUUGAGGUUUAUCGGGUGACUUAUACUGAGCUACGAAUCCGCAGUUGAAGAAAUAGUCGCCCCCUCAACUGUUUCAAAAAUAUAAUCGCUCAAAGAUAGCGAGCAAAUCGUGCGUAAAUUGGUGAAACGAGGGUUGCAUAAUGUCGCGGAGCUGAGAGAGCAUUGAAGACGAUGGGCUGGAACGAGAGCGAGAGCGAGGGUUGCCCGGAGGAGGUGGUGGUGUUCUACAACGACACGCUGCCGAUCCCUUUGGCGGUGCCGCUGUUGGAGGCGGUGGCGACGACCAUCGUCCUGGGCCUCAUCAUCCUGCUCACGGUCGUCGGGAACAUCCUGGUCAUCCUCAGCGUCUUCACGUACCGCCCGCUGCGGAUCGUCCAGAACUUCUUCAUCGUCUCGCUGGCCGUGGCCGACCUCACGGUGGCCCUCCUCGUCAUGCCGCUCAACGUCGCCUACAACCUCCUCGGCCGCUGGGUCUUCGGCAUCUACCUCUGCAAGAUCUGGCUCACCUGCGAUGUCCUCUGCUGCACCGCAUCCAUCCUCAACCUCUCGGCCAUCGCGCUCGACAGGUACUGGGCCAUCACUGACCCGAUCAACUACGCGCAGAAGCGGACUGUGAAACGGGUCAACGGGAUGAUCGCAGCUGUCUGGGUUCUAUCGGCAGUCAUCAGCUCGCCCCCGCUGGUCGGUUGGAACGACUGGCCGGACGAGUUUCACAGGGAUACGCCCUGUCGGCUCACUAGUCAACGGGGCUACGUCAUCUAUUCGUCGCUAGGAUCCUUUUAUAUUCCGUUGCUCAUCAUGACGAUUGUCUACGCCCAGAUUUUCAUCGCCACUCGCCGGAGGCUUCACCAGAGAGCCAUGGCUUCCCGACUGGGGGCCAGUCAGCUCUCUUCAAAGUAUAAGCCUGGCACUAAUGACGCCCAAGUGACGAUCGAGCAAGAGUCGGUGAGCAGCGACAACAACCGCAGUCCCUCGCCGACAGGGAAGCGGCCGAAGAAGGGCUCGAAAGGGAAGAAGAAGAAGAAGGAGAAGGAGAAAGAGCUGGCCAAAUCGCAGAAAGAGAUGAAUAGACUAUUAUCAAGCUUAGACACGGAGAACUCGCUCUCGGACAUCCAGGACCACUCCUCGGAGUCGGCGAAGAAAGACUCGGACAAGGAGGUGAAGACGGCGGCCAUGCGACCCGAAGAAGUGCCGACCAAGAUCGCCGUCGUGUCCACCAACAACAACUGUCGACCGGUCCAGGUCUCGCAAUUCAUCGAGGAGAAACAGCGUAUCUCCUUGUCGAAGGAGCGCAAGGCGGCGCGCACGCUGGGCAUCAUCAUGGGCGUUUUCGUCAUAUGCUGGCUCCCGUUCUUCCUCAUGUACGUCGUUUUGCCGUUCUGCGCCUCGUGCUGCCCGUCGGACGCCUUCGUCGACGUCAUCACCUGGCUCGGGUACAUCAACUCCGCCCUUAACCCUAUCAUAUACACCAUAUUCAAUUUGGACUUCCGAAAGGCCUUCAAGAAGCUCCUUCAUAUCCCGGUUACGAACCGAUGAUCCGAGGGAGGCGUGUGAGGGGCCUCCGUCUACCAGGAGCGGUAAACAGACUUCGUCGUUUCCGUCACGAAAGAACGUAACUCCAUUUCAAUGUUGCCAAACUUCUCCUCGCAAAUUGCAUGUAAACCAGGGGAAUCUUGG